GAGUGAGUACAGGUGCAACGACUUUGGAGUUUCGGGGACGGAAACCUGCUGGUUCAGUCAGCAGAAAGCGACACCGCUUAUGUGUCAUUUCACGCCAACGUUUCGGAAGAAUCAUUAAGGAAGGGUCCAGACUUCACUGGACUAGAGUGAAGUGGGGGGGUACGACGUCUUCGCCUGUGAGAUCAGAGCGGAGACAAGGGCGGUCUACUACAGCGUGAAAUCCGUCCAGUUUCAUAUUCGGAGAAUUGCCGUCACACUUAUUUGAAGGCAAGCCAGUCCCUUUAAAUUAGAUCAGUAUCAAGAGCGUUUCAUCCUGAUUUGGAUCAUCACAAGUGUCGCCAACUCCUGCUUUUCCCUCAGGCAAAGAUGACAGAGAGGGCAAAAUGGUGGAGGGCCUUCCUGCCAAAGAAGAAGCCAGGGUCCGCCAAGGACCCGAGUUCCCCCUACUCGUACGGACCAGACUUUGACCCUUUUGCCCAAGACAAGUCCAAAGAGACCAAGAGCACCACCGAGCAGUCUCUGCCGCAACAAGAGCCCACCAACGGCUCCUGCCUCUUCAGCGACGAGACCUACGAUGACUCCCACAUCGAGUCCCUGUUCAACGAGCAGACUUGCCGCCGAAACAUGAACGUGUCCCGCUCGGGCCGGUUCAAACUGAAGAGGCGGGUUCGCACGGGCCUUGCCGUGGAGGAUAAAGACAGUGAAAACGUGGCGCCGGCGGCAGACGACGUUCGGUGAUCGAGAGUUGGAGAAGAGGCGACGGAAGGUACAAAGUUGACUUCACAAAGACGCGAAGGAAAAGGCUUCCUUCCCUUGAGGUGUGCAGACAAUUCUGUGGGUUGGUUGUGAUGGUGAUGAGGAAGGUGACGAGGAGCAGAGAGGACUUGAAGGGUCACAGCAAAGAUGGGUGUAUAUUCUUUUUGAUACUGAGCCCAUCGAGUGAGUUUGUGUGGUGUCCUCUUCUUUAUGUAACAUAUUGACCUUUACAUGCCUGCGUGACAAUGACAUUUAAUAUAUGUAAAUGAAGGACGUGCCUUCUGCGAACGUGCUUUUAUGAAACCGUUGGAAGGCCUUGAGGGAUGUUUGUGAAAUUGUCAAUGAUUUGAUAGGAGUGCAAGUAAAUUGAUUUAACUUUUUUUUUUUAAAUGAAGGAUAAGUUUUCAGAUUUUUGAACAGAGGUGCGGAUAAAUGAAGAGAAACGGUGAUGUUAUGUGCCGAAAGGAUGGGCUAGGCAAAGAUGCGACCCCCGCGCCCCUGACUUUAGAUUUGUUUUUAUGAUACGCUGUGUUGAAAUCACCUGUGAAUAUUGAAAUGAAGGUAACACGUGCAAUAAAUCAAACUGUUGCUACCA